UGGAUUAUUAACACAACUCAUAUCAUCAUGGAAAAGAGAUGUAAAAUAUUGUUUUAUAUCUGUAAUAUAAUAUUGCUAUUGACAGGAGUUGUAACGGUAAUCGGUGGGAUUGUUCUUAUUGCUGGAUUUGACCAAAUGAAUGAAACAAUAGGACCAACAUUCGAUAAAGCUAAAGACAAUAUGCAAAAAAUGAUUGAAGUUAUCAACAGGUUCCCAGAUAUAGAAAUGAUUAACCCACCAAAUGUUAUAAAAUCAGACCCACUGAUAGACAUGGAUUUUAAAGGAUUCGUUAGAGCGUGUGGCGUUAUUCUUCUGAUGUUUGGUGCAGUAAUUUGCGCCAUUUCAAUACUUGGAUUUGUAGCCACAUAUCGGAAGUCGAGACGUUUAACAAUGACGGUACUUAUUAUUGGUAGUACGUUAUCUGAAGGCUGUUAA